GUAAACCGGCGCGGUGACGCGAUCACGUGGGCGGCGGCGCAUGCGCAAUAGGAGGUCUUGGGCGCUGUGUGGGUUUCUGGUGAGGCUCUUCCGGUGGAGGGUCAUUUUCAGGCACCAAGGGCGCCGGACUGGCGCUUUUGGCCGGCUUGGCUUUGGGUAGGCGGCUUCUUGGGGUCCAUAUGAGCCAGCGGCAUCAUGCCCGCAGUGGCUGGGGCCGGGGAGGCGACUUUUCUGGACGCUCCUCUGCCAAGAGGAAGGGCGGAAACCACAUCCCGGAAAGGUGGAAAGACUAUAUUCCAGUUGGACAGCGGAUGCCUGGGACUCGUUUCAUUGCUUUCAAAGUUCCUUUGCAAAAGAGUUUUGAAAAGAAUCUUACUCCAGAAGAAUGCUUUUCCCCUUUGGAUCUUUUAAACAAAAUCCAAGAACAAAAUGAAGAACUUGGACUGAUAAUUGAUUUAACAUACACUCAACGCUAUUAUAAACCAGAGGAUUUGCCAGAAACUAUUCCUUACUUAAAAAUUUUUACAGUUGGGCAUCAGGUGCCUGAUGAUGACACUAUUUUUAAAUUCAAAUGUGCUGUUAAUGGGUUUUUGAAGGAAAAUAAAGAUAAUGACAAGCUUAUUGGUGUCCACUGUACUCAUGGUUUAAACAGGACUGGCUACCUAAUCUGUAGAUAUUUGAUUGAUGUAGAAGGCAUGAGGCCAGAUGAUGCAAUUGAAUUAUUCAAUAGGUGCCGGGGACACUGCUUAGAAAGACAGAACUACAUUGAAGACCUUCAGAAUGGUCCUAUCAGAAAGAGUCGGAAUUCCAGUGUGUACAGGUCAAGUGGAUUUCAAGGCUCAGCACAUCUCAAGGAACCAGUCCACACAAUGAAUAAAUCUGUUAGACAAGGCCCUAGGUCUAACCUACAUCGGACCCAAGGUUACCCAACUCCUUCUCAGCAUUUCCACACCCGGACCCCAAAUUUUCAACAGUCAUUCAGGAGAUUUCCACAGAAUCAGAAUGUUUACCAGAGAGGCCAUAUCCCUCCUCCUGGUCCCCCAGGAGAGGACUAUUCACAAAGGAGAUACUCUUGGAAUGCGAAUUCAAAUGCCCAUCAAGCAUCUCAGAAUAAAAGGUGGUAUUCUGACAGCUAUAGCAGACCAUCCAAUCCAACCUAUUGGGGAUGGACCAAGUGAUACAAACCUGUUCUAGAAAUGUACCUGGAGACCAGAGCUGGACUGAAGACAUCUAGAGUGACUUUUAAUUAAAUCAGGUCAAAUGACGUUUUUUUUAUUGUUCCCUUUGUGUUCAAGUUUAAGGAAAAAUAAUAUUGAUAGUUACCUCUGUGUUAAUAAGUUUGUAGUAAUUACAGCAAAGGAAAAAACUGUCUUUCCAAUCUUAAAAUUUUUCUAAAGGCAAAUAUUUUAGAACUCAUAAAGUGUUAAGAACUUCCCCUGCAAAUUAUUUUUAAAAAAUACUAUCUGGUUUUUCUAUGUAUUUCCUUUUGAUAAGAUCUGUGAUAUAUGUGUGUGUAUGUUCAGAAAUGUUUAUAGUGUUUUUGUCAUGUUUUAUUAUUUACCUGGUCAUGAAGGGUAUCUUUAUUUUUCCUAACUGUUCACAAUUUCUAAUAAAAUUUACAUAGGAGAUAA